AUGGUCGACGUGUGGUGGGGUCUGUGCGAGCCCGCGCCGGGCGUGUACACCUUCGACAAGUACGUCGCGCUCGCCAAACUCUGCCGCGCGAAGGGGCUCAAAGUCCAGGCCACGCUCAGCAUGCACGCGUGCGGCGGCAACGUGGGCGACUCGAUCAAUAUCCCCCUCCCGCCCUGGGUCGUCGCCGCCGCCGACGAGCACUCCUUCUGGUUCACCGACCGCGCGCGCGCCGUCACCAAGGAGUACAUCUCGUUCGGCGCGGACCACGCCCCCGUCCUGCCCGCGGGGCCGCGCGCCGCCACAGGGGACACACGCACCCCCGUGCAGGCGUACGAGAUGUUCGCGAGGGCGUUCGUCGACGCCAUGCGGGAGCACGCCCUGCUGGGCAGCGUCGUCACCGAGCUGCAGGUCGGCGUCGGGCCGUGCGGAGAGCUGCGGUACCCAGGCUACCCCAUGGAUCGGUGGCAGUUUCCGGGCAUUGGCCAGUUUCAGUGCUAUGAUGAGUACUUGCUGCAGGAUCUGAGGAAGUGCGUGCAGGAGACGGGGAGCGCGGAGGUGAAGGGCGCCGCAAUGCCGCCGGAGGGGACGGGCGGGUAUAAUGACACGCCGCGGAGGACCGAGUUCUUUAGGAGAGGGUACAAGGGGGAGGCGGGGCGCUUCUUUUUGAGGUGGUACUCGGAGAGGAUGCUGCGGCAUGGGGAGGAUGUGCUGAAGGCAGUGCGAGGGGUAGUGGAGGGGGAGGACCUGGUGCUGGCGGUGAAGGUGUCGGGCGUGCAUUGGUGGAAGCACUCCGCGUCGCGUGCGGCGGAGGCGACGAGCGGGUACAUGCUGGGGGCGGGGGAGCCGGCGUACGGGGAGAUUGCGCGGAUGCUGAAGCGGUACGACUGCGUGCUGGACUUCACGUGCCUGGAGAUGCGGACGAUCGACCAGCCAUGGCUGCGGGCGCGGUGCGGGCCGCGGCAGCUGGUGGCGGAGGUGUUCGAGGCAGCGCGGAAGGAGGGCGUUCGGGUGGCUGGCGAGAACGCGCUGGAGAGGUAUGACGACGUGGCGUACCGGCAGAUCGUUAGGGCGUUUCGUAGAUGUCGGGCGCAGAGGUAUGGGUUCACGCUGCUGCGACUGGGCGAUACGCUCAUGGAGGAGGAUAACUUGAAGAGACUGGGGGAAUUCGUCAAGGAGAUGAGUUGAGAGUUCAGGGCCUUUGAGGAAGAGCCCCUGUACCGUACAGUACGGCUGUUAAUUUGUAAAAGUGAAAAUGUGGA